AUGUCUAACCAAAGUGAAGAUAAACAAAUAUCCAAAUUUAAUAGUAAUUUUAGCGAAUUAGAUAGAUAUUUUAUUAAGAGACUUAACUACGUUAUAAACAAUCCAACCCCAGAACACAUCUACGAAUUAUUUACGCUUGACGGUUAUAUUAGUUUUAAUAUGAUUUACAUGAGCCCUAUUGCUCUUCAGUUUGUAUUUGCUAAACUUAAGUCACUGGGUGUUGUUUAUUGGUAUUUUAAAGACAAUAUAUUAGAGAUUAAUUUCAAUAACAGUUUGAUAGAACUUUCAGGACAUGUGAGAAUUAGUUAUGCUAUUAGUGAUUUAAACAUCAAAAUAUAUUCACUUGAAUUUAAUUUUUCAAUUUAUAUCCGUACUAAAGAAGAAAGUGAUUUUUUAAAUGCUUUUGAAAUUUGUCUUAAGAAAUGUGAUGCUUGUUUUCAUUUAGCUUUUAGGCUUGAUUUUAAUUCUUUAAUUCUCAACAAUUCACUUCAUGACAAUUUAGACGUUAUAACUAUUCCUUUAAGAAGACUAAAUAAAGAGGGAAAACUUAAUAAAAAUUAG